AUGACUUCAAACGGAGUCACGCAUAAUGCUUAUGAUGCUACAGCACUCAGCCGGGUGCUUAUUCAUGCCUUGCAGAUGCCAACAUACCCCAGCAACUGCCUAGAAUUCGCGAGACCUUUUUUGGCACCGGAAAAUAUGAUCAGUGACGCUGUGGAAGAGGCAAAAGUGCCCUUGAAUAUCCUCCUCGUUGGUGCUGGUUUAGGAGGGCUUGCCACAGCCAUUGCCCUGACGCAAAGCGGCCACAAAGUAACGGUGUAUGAACAGACACCCGUCCUUGGGGAGGUAGGAGCGGGAAUUCAAGUCCCAUCUAACUCCACCAGAGUGCUUUUCAAGCUCGGGCUCAAGUCAUACCUGAAGCCCUAUGUGACUGAGCCCGAAUCCAUUUCCUUCAGACGGUGGCAGACUGGGAAGGUCAUUGGCAAUACGAAAUUGGUACCUCAUUUUACGGAAAAAUUUAAUGCUCCAUACUAUGUGAUUCACAGAGCUCAUUUCCAUUCUGCCUUAUGCCAAAAAUCGCAGGACAUAGGAAUCGAGAUCAAACUGGGAGCAAAGGUUGAGAAUUACAACCCGGUUGCGGGAAGCAUCACGCUGGCUGAUGGAACAAUCCAGACCGGAGAUCUGGUUAUUGCUGCUGAUGGAAUCAAGUCCGUCGCUCGGAAAAUCGUCCUCGGAGGAGAAGACAUGGCUUUCCGCAAGCCUGGCUUUGCUGCUUAUCGUGCCACCGUAGAUGUGGAACGUAUGCGAAAUGAUCCCGAGGUCUCAUGGAUCCUUGCGAGACCAGCGCUAAAUAUCUGGAUUGGUGAUUCCAGACAUGUCAUGACCUACACCAUUGGCGCGGGCAAGGCCUUCAAUAUGGUACUAUCUCAUCCAGACGUCACUGACCCAUCCACAUGGGACCCCCUCAAGGCUAUUGACGAUAUGAAGGACGAGUUCGAAGGCUGGGAUCCAGUACUUACCAAAAUUAUUGGCAUGUGGCCACUCAUCAGUGGCUCGGUUCUGGAUAAAUGGGUAUUGGACAAACUUGUCAUCCUUGGAGACGCCGCUCACGCGAUGUUGCCAUACAUGUCGCAAGGUGCCGCAAUGGCUGUUGAAGACGGACUGGCUCUUUCCAGGUCUUUGUCUAAGAUUUCCAGCAAAGAUCAGCUAGCAGAGAGUAUAUCCGUUUUCGAGAAGGUCAGGAUGCAGCGCGCCGGUCAGAUGCAGGAGGCUAGUCUCCUUAAUAGCCACCUCUGGCAUUUUGCCGAUGGCCCCCUGCAAGAGGCGAGAGACGAGGCAAUGAUCCCCGAAGUAAAGGGACUCCCAUUCAGCCAUAGCCCCAACCAGUGGAGUGACCCUGCAACUCAGAUGUGGUGUUAUGGAUAUGAUACCGAAAGAGCCAUUGAUGAGGCAUGGGAGAAGAGCCAGUCAAAUUAUUGUUAG